AUGACAGCAGGCCCUCUCCAGCAGUUACCACCUUCAAAAAGGGUCUUUCAACAGCAUCUUUUUCGCGAGGGUCAAUUGGAGUACGGGUGUGGAGGAUCCAUGAGCGCGUCACAGGCUAUGAAUUUCGUCCAUACCAAGGAGGAAAGAAUGCAAUCUUCUUGCUGCCGAGAGAUUAGCAAACGUUAG